GGCGUUUACGUUAAGCUAUGAAACAAAAUCUUACAAUUUACAAAAGCACUGAAGGGUUUUCUCCUUUACAUUUAAACAAACUAAAACCGUAUCCCAUUUUCUCACUCUUUCCUCCAUAAUUUCAAGCUCAUUCUCAACAACGUUUCAUUUUCCAGAUAAGUUUUUAUUUUCAAAUUGUUUCAUUUUCUUGAAACAAGUUUUGCAACGGUGUUUAUUAGCUGAAUUGCGUGCUAGUUGGUUUCUCUCUGAAUUGGGAUUUGUUUAUUCUUGAAGAAAUACUAGAAAAUCCUGAUUUGGAGAGAUAAAAAAUCUUACUUCUCUUGUAUUUGUAAUUUCCCCAUUUGAGCUCAGAGGAGAAACUUGCGACUUUGAAGUUGUUUUCUGGGGAUUUAUGUGCAUAUUGCUUUUGGGUUUUGUAGUUUAAAAGCUUUACAUUUGUGUGCUUUUUGUUGUUUUCUGAUUUGUCAUUUAUGUUGUUGGAUUGGGUUGUGAGGAUCCAUAUCAGAGUAAAUAUUGAGGCAAAACUAGUGGUUUAAAGUUGUAUUGGUAUUACUUGGCACCUUUAGUUUAUGUAACGUAGGUUGUCGGGGUGUUGGUAUUGUUUAGCUUGUAGGAGAGCUUGGAUUCAAUUUGAUAAUUGCUCUUUAGUUUUUGUGGUGUUUAUUUGGAUUGGAUAGUGAGUGUUGAGGCUUGAGUAGGUAGACUUCUUUCGGGUUGAAUAUUUUUUUUUCCCCCCUUUUUUGGGUUCUUUGGAUUGCUGGAUUCUCAAUGGAGAAGCAAAGUGGAAAGAAGAAGAAACAGACAGGUGGGCAAUCAAAUUAUGGUAAUGCAAAGCUAAGUAAUAGUCCUAAAGCUUAUGAUAAGGACAUGGAAGUUUUCAUUGCCAUGUCUCAGGAGUUGAAGGACGAAGGUAACAAACUGUUUCAAAAGAGAGACCAGGAAGGAGCUAUGCUGAAAUACGAUAAAGCCCUCAAAUUACUUCCAAAGAAUCAUAUAGAUGUAUCCUACCUUCGGAGUAACAUGGCAGCAUGCUAUAUGCAGAUGGGUUUGAGUGAAUAUCCCAAGGCGAUUCAUGAAUGCAAUUUGGCUCUAGAAGUCACACCCAAGUAUAGUAAAGCGCUUCUAAAAAGGGCUAGGUGUUACGAGGCUUUGAAUAGGUUGGAUUUGGCGUUCAGAGAUGUUACUACAGUUCUGAAUCUGGAGAAGAAUAAUGCAAUGGCAAUUGAGAUAGCAGAGAGGGUGAAGAAAGAACUUGAGAGUAAGGGAUUAAGGGUGAAUGAUACUGUAAUUGAAUUACCUCCAGAUUAUGUUGAACCUCCUCUUGGUUCUUUUGCUCCAAAAGGGGUGAAAGAGAAGACAAGGAAGAAGAAGAGCAACAAACUUGAACAGAAGAAGGUUGAGGACAAAAUUGACGAGAAGAAGAUUGAUGAAACGAUUGAGGAUAAGAAGAUUGAUGAAAAGAUUGAGGAUAAGAAGAUUGAUGAAGAUAUUGUGGACAAGAAGACUGAGGAUAAGGUGGUUGUGGAAGAGAAAAUUAGUAGUACGAACGAGGAAGAACCAAAGAAGACUGUAAAGUUGGUGUAUGGAGAGGAUAUAAGAGUGGCUCAGUUGCCGCAUAAUUGCAGUCUCAUGCAACUUAGAGAGGUUAUAAGUGAUCGAUUCCCAAGCUCCAAAGCUGUUCUUAUUAAGUACCGGGAUGAAGAAGGUGAUUUAAUCACAAUUACAACUGAUGAAGAACUAAGAUGGGCUGAAGCAUCAGCAGAAUUGCAGGGUUCUGCCAGGCUGUAUAUAGUAGAGGUUAAUCCUGGACAGGAUCCACUCUAUGAGAGAUUUGAGAAUGGGAACGUUGGAAGAGGCAUGGCAGCAGAAAAGGAGUCAUAUUGUCUAGAUGACUGGAUAAUCGAGUUUGUUCAGCUUUUCAAGAACCAUGUUGGUUUAGAUUCUGAUACAUACUUGAAUCUUCAUGAACUUGGCAUGAAGGUAUACUCUGAGGCUAUGGAGGAUACUGUUACAAGUGAAGAAGCCCAAGGCCUAUUCAGCUGUGCCGCAGAUAAAUUCCAAGAGAUGGCAGCAUUAGCACUGUUCAACUGGGGAAAUGUUCACAUGUCCAGGGCAAGGAAGAGGGUUUACCUUGCUGAAGAUGCUUCAAAAGAAUCUGCACUUGAACAGAUAAGAACUGCAUAUGAUUUGGCACAACAAGAAUAUACCAGAGCAGGAAAGAGAUAUGAUGAAGCAUUAAGAAUCAAACCAGAUUUCUAUGAAGGUCAUUUAGCACUAGGUCAGCAGCAAUUUGAGCAGGCAAAACUUUCUUGGUAUUAUGCAAUGAGUAGCAAUGCUGAUUUAGAUACAUGGCCCUCUACGGAGGUUAUACAGCUUUAUAAUAGUGCUGAGGAGAAUAUGGAUAAGGGCAUGCAGAUGUGGGAAGAAUUGGAAGGACAACGCUUGAGUGGACUUUCCAAACGAAAGGAAGUUGAUAACCUGUUGCAGAAAGCUGGGUUGGAUGGUUUAUUUAAAGAUAUAUCAGCAGAUGAAGCUGAAGAGCAGGCUACAAGCAUAAGGUCCCAGAUAAACCUCUUAUGGGGUACCAUACUCUAUGAACGAUCCAUUAUGGAAUACAAACUUGGGCUCCCAACCUGGCACGAGUGUUUGGAAUUUGCAGUUGAGAAGUUUGAGCUUGCUGGAGCAUCUCCAACGGAUGUAGCUAUUAUGAUAAAGAACCAUUGUUCUAAUGAUCAUGCUGUGAAAGGUCUAGGGUUUAAAAUUGAUGAGAUAGUACAGGCAUGGAAUGAAAUGUAUGAAGCUAAAAAGUGGCAAAGUAGGGUUCCAUCAUUCAGGCUUGAACCAUUAUUCAGACGGCGAGUUUCAAAGCUUUAUUACGCUUUAGAGCAUGCAUGAACCUCCUUUUUUUAAGCAGAUUUUGAAGAGAAACGGAAGAGGAAAAUGUUGAAAAGACUCACUUCUGCUCUGUUCUCUGGAAUAUCAUGUACUGUGUUUUGAGGUAGGUUUUCUUGGUACUUAACUUUAGGUGCAGCUUUCAGCUUCAGUAAUGUACUUUUCGAUACAAAAAAGAGAACAAUUUUAGUUCUGGAUUUGUAUUCUAUAAUUUGUUCCAAGACAAAAGAUUAAACGUUUUUUUUUUUUUUUCACACAUAGUAGGAGACAAGAUGAAGUAGCAGGAAUUUCUCUUUUUUGUUAGUUUCUGCCUUCACCGCCAUUUUUCCUGUAUUACAGUUAGCAGAAUAUUUGUAUGUGUAAUUCAUUUUUAGAGAUUACAAUAAUGUAUUGUUUGCUUGCCUUA